AUGUCCUCCCUCGCCAUUCGUGCUGCCCGCACUGCUGCUCGUCGUGCGCCCCGCGCCGCCGCAAAGGUCUCUGCGAGGCCCGCGCAGGCUGCCGCGUACUCCGUGCUCGCGCGCGGUGCCGCCGUCGCCAGCGCCGCUCCCCGCGCUGCUGCUACCCGUGGUGUGAAGACCCUCAACUUCGCUGGCACCGAGGAGGUUGUCUACGAGCGCAGUGACUGGCCGCUCGCCAAGCUCCAGGACUACUUCAAGAACGACACCCUCGCCCUCAUCGGCUACGGUUCGCAGGGCCACGGACAGGGCCUCAACGCCCGCGACAACGGCAUCAACGUCAUUGUCGGUGUCCGUGAGGGUGGUGAGAGCUGGAAGCAGGCGAUUGAGGACGGCUGGGUGCCCGGCAAGACUCUCUUCCCCAUUGAGGAGGCCAUCAACCGCGGCACGAUCGUCAUGAACCUGCUCUCCGACGCCGCGCAGUCCCAGACGUGGCCCACCAUCGCGCCCCUGAUCACCAAGGGCAAGACUCUCUACUUCUCCCAUGGCUUCUCGGUCGUGUACAAGGACGACACGCACGUCAUUCCCCCCAAGGACGUCGACGUCAUCCUCGUCGCGCCCAAGGGCUCUGGUCGCACCGUCCGCACGCUCUUCAAGGAGGGCCGCGGUAUCAACUCGUCCGUCGCCGUCUGGCAGGACGUCACCGGCAAGGCCAAGGAGAAGGCUGUCGCCAUCGGUGUUGCCAUUGGCUCCGGCUACAUGUACGAGACCACCUUCGAGAAGGAGGUGUACUCGGACCUCUAUGGCGAGCGUGGUGUCUUGAUGGGCGCCAUCCAGGGUCUUUUCCUUGCCCAGUACAAGGUCCUCCGCAAGAACGGCCACUCCCCGUCGGAGGCGUUCAACGAGACCGUCGAGGAGGCCACCCAGUCCCUCUACCCCCUCGUUGGCCAGUACGGCAUGGACUACAUGUACAACGCGUGCUCUACCACCGCGCGUCGUGGUGCCCUUGACUGGGCUAAGGUCUUCGAGGAGACCAACCUCCCCGUCUUCGAGCGCCUCUAUGAGAGCGUAAAGAACGGCUCGGAGACGCGCCGCAGCCUCGAGUUCAACGGCCGGUCGACGUACCGUGAGGACCUCGCGAAGGAGCUUAAGGAGAUUGACGAGCAGGAGAUCUGGAGAGCUGGCAAGGUUGUCCGUUCGCUGCGCCCCGACAGCUCGUCGUAA